AAGAGGAGAAGGAAAGAUUCAGCGCAUUGAAUCUCCAGCGGUUGGCCUGCUUGAACCGAAGAUUCCUGGAGGCAGCAUCGGCCAAGGUUUCAUCAGUCCGGCUUUAGACUUUAGAGAGAAUUUAGCGUUUAACAGUCUUUCCGUGUUUAUGGGGUGGUGAAGCUGGGAUCCCCGUACGAACAGUUUUAUUCCAGGGCGGGUAUCUUCCACAUUUUAUCGGUUUUGAAUGUUGGGCAAGUAGAAUAUUAGGCAGCCGCCAUGGCAAGUGAUCGGAGCAUGGGAUCCCUCAAUUUGAGCACAACUAGCUAGCUAGCUAGCUAGCCUUAGGUGAAGAAGAUUAGCUAGCUAGCUAUCUAAAUGCAGAUUGAAUGCCAAAACCGAACGCAAAACAGUCUAGCUAGCUAGCUGGUUAGAUUCUGUUUCUUUUUCCCACGUUUAGCUAUCUAUCUAGUUGAUGUUCAUGACAUUUUAGAGGUAUAUAGGUAUGUUAGCUAGCUAGCUAAUUUGUCUCUAGGUUAGCUUUCGCCUGCUUGUUAGCUGGCCAGCUAAUACAGACAAGGCGUUUUUUUAAUUGGGCAAGAGCGCGUGAUUUUUUCAUGUUUAUCCCUUGACAGUUCAACCCCGUUAGGUGUACAGUAUAUAUCUAGCUGUUUUACAAGCUAGUAAAGUUAUUUAAAGGAACCGAAACGUUUAGAACGAUAUAAUACAUUCGUUUUUAACGUCCAAAACGAUAUAAUAAUUCGUUUUUCCCUGCCAUACAUAGAGCCGAGAAAUUUAGCUGACCAUCACAGAAUUGUGAGCAAGGGCAACGUGCAGCUCAAGUCGUCGUUUUCUGUGACGAGAGAGCUUACCUGUUAUCAAAAAAAGUAAAAGGGAAAUCGUUGGGAAAGUGUGCAUAGGCAGCUAACUGCUGUCACCCGAGAAACCGAGGAAAGGGAUCUGAGAAAUGUCGGGUCGGCCCAGAACCACCUCCUUUGCGGAGAGCUGUAAACCCGUGCCGCAGCCUUCAGCUUUUGGCAACAUGAAAGUCAGCCGGGAUAAAGAUGGCAGCAAGGUGACGACGGUGGGGGCAACUCCGGGGCAGGGUCCAGACAGGCCUCAGGAGGUCAGCUACACGGACACCAAGGUGAUUGGUAAUGGGUCGUUCGGCGUGGUCUACCAGGCCAAGCUCUGCGACACCGGGGAACUGGUGGCCAUCAAGAAAGUCCUGCAGGACAAGAGGUUCAAGAACCGUGAGCUUCAGAUCAUGAGGAAGUUGGACCACUGCAACAUUGUGCGCUUGCGCUACUUUUUCUACUCAAGCGGGGAUAAGAAGGAUGAGGUCUACCUGAACCUGGUGCUGGACUACGUGCCAGAGACCGUGUACCGGGUUUCCCGGCACUACAGUCGGGCCAAGCAGAUCCUCCCCAUGCUCUACGUGAAGCUGUACAUGUACCAGUUGUUCCGGAGUCUGGCAUACAUCCACUCCUUUGGGAUUUGCCACCGGGACAUCAAGCCCCAGAACCUGCUGCUGGACCCAGAGACAGCCGUGCUCAAGCUCUGUGACUUUGGCAGUGCCAAGCAGCUUGUGCGCGGAGAGCCUAAUGUCUCCUACAUCUGCUCUCGCUACUACCGGGCCCCUGAGCUCAUCUUCGGAGCUACAGACUACACCUCCAGCAUAGACGUGUGGUCAGCGGGCUGCGUGCUGGCAGAACUCCUGCUGGGCCAGCCCAUCUUCCCCGGGGACAGCGGCGUAGACCAGCUCGUCGAAAUCAUCAAGGUUCUGGGGACACCCACACGUGAGCAGAUCCGUGAGAUGAACCCUAACUACACAGAGUUCAAAUUCCCCCAGAUUAAAGCUCAUCCAUGGACUAAGGUUUUCCGACCGAAGACUCCCCCGGAGGCGAUCGCAUUGUGCUCACGGUUGCUGGAGUACACCCCAACGGCACGCCUCACUCCUCUGGAGGCCUGCGCACAUGCCUUCUUCGAUGAGCUCCGCACGCCCACCCUCAAGCUCCCCAACGGCCGAGAGAGGCCCCCACUCUUCAACUUCACCACACAAGAGUUGUCCAGCAACCCCUCACUGGCAUCCAUACUCAUCCCCACCCACGCUCGCAGCCAGACUGGAGCCUCUCCUCCCUCCAGCACCUCCUCCACUGCAGACAUCAGCAGUGAACGUGGCCCAGCCACCAAUGCCGCCUCUGCCUCUGCCCCCAACCCCUCCACCUGAGCACCACCCAACCACUCGACAGGCCAACCCCAUGAUGCUGCUCAUUAACCACGCCCACUCCCCCCAGGUUGGGGGCAGGGCUACUAAAGAAGAAAGAAAGAAAAGAAAGAGGGAAAAAAAAAA